AUGGAGGCCUGGGGGUCUCCCCUUCAGGCGGGGAGCGGCCUCUCCGAGGGCCCCCGCAGCUCCGAGGCUGAGCGCUGGCGCUUCCGCAGCUGCGGCACCCGGGAGGCCGAGGGGCCGCGGGCGCUUUGCAGUCGCCUGCACCAGCUGUGCCGGGGGUGGCUGCGACCCGAGCGGAGCAGCAAAGCUGAGAUGCUGGACCUGGUGGUGCUGGAACAGUUGCUGGCCCUGCUGCCCCCGGAGCUGGCGGGCUGGCUGAGGGAGUGCGGGGCGGAGAGCUGCGCCCAGGCCGACUCUGAUCCCUUUGAGGAGGUGGCUGUGGACUUUACAGAGGAGGAGUGGGCACUGCUGGAUUCUGGCCAGAAAGCCUUAUGCAGGGAAGUCAUGCUGGAGGUUUCUAUGAAUUUGGCCACUCUGGCAGGUGAUGGUGAUGAUCUGAGGAAUGAGAAUGAAAAGCAGCCACCAUUAUUUACACUGCAAAAUGCACUAUCUGCAAAGAGUCAUUCCUUCUCUUUUGCAUUACCUAACAUACCGCAUUGGAAACCACACACGUUUUCAGAAUAUGAGGGGGAUUUCAAUCUAAGCAAAAUGAUGAAACUAUGCAUGAACUGUGGAAAGAGCUUCAUUAGCAUGAGUAAUCUUAAUUGCCAUCAGAAUAUCUAUAUAGGUGAGAGGCUAUGUAAAUGUCCAGAAUGUGAAAAAAGCUUUUGUCAGAAAACAGAGAUGAUUUGUCCUAAAAAGAUCCACACAGGGCUCAGACCAUAUAAUUCCCUGGAAUGUGGAAAGAGCUUUUUUGAGAACAGUGAUCUUAUUCGACAUCAAAGGAUCCAUACAGUGGACAAACCGUAUAAAUGCCUGGAGUGUGGAAAGAGCUUUGCUCAUAAAGGAAAACUUAAUUUUCAUAAAAAGAUCCACACUGGGGAGAGACCAUAUAAAUGCAUGGAGUGUGGAAAGAGCUUUAUUGACAACUGGCACCUUACUUUCCACCAAAGGAUGCACACGGGAGAAAGACCAUAUAAAUGUUUGGAGUGUGGGAAAAGCUUUAACUGGAGCAAAGAUCUUAUUCGUCAUGAAAGGAUCCACACUGGGGAGAGACCGUAUAAAUGCUUGGUGUGUGGAAAGAGUUUUGCUCAGAAAGGAUGUCUUACUGGUCAUGAAAGGAUCCACACAGGGGAGAAACCAUAUAAGUGCACAGAGUGUGGGAAAAGCUUUGCUCAAACAGUACAACUUAAUGCUCAUAAAAGAAUGCACACGGGGGAGAGACCAUAUAAAUGCUUAGUAUGUGGAAAGAGCUUUAAUUGGAGCAGAGGUCUAAUACAUCAUGAAAGGAUCCACACUGGGGAGAGACCAUAUAAAUGUACGGAGUGUGGAAAAAGCUUUGCUCAAACAGCGCAUCUUAAUUCUCAUAAAAGGAUCCACACAGGAGAGAGACCAUAUAAGUGCUUGGUGUGUGGUAAGAGUUUUGCUCGGAAAGGAUGUCUUGCUGGUCAUGAAACAAUUCACACAGGGGACAAACCAUAUAAAUGCACGGAGUGUGGAAAGAGCUUUGCUCGGACAGGACAUCUUUAUUCUCACAAAAGGACCCACUCAGUAGAGAAACCAUAUAAAUGCUUGGUAUGUGGAAAAAGCUUUAACUGGAACAGAGAUCUUACUCGUCAUGAAAGAAUCCACACUGUGGAGAGACCAUUCAAGUGCAUGGAGUGUGGAAAGAGCUUCAGUAGCAAAAGUAAUCUCAAUCGCCAUCAGAAGGUCCACACCGGUGAUAAACCAUAUAAAUGCAUGGAGUGCGGAAAGCAGUUCAGUCAGAAAGGACAUCUUACUCAUCAUAGAAGGAUUCACACAGGGGAGAAACCAUAUAUAUGCACAGAAUGCGGAAAGAGCUUUGCACAGAAAGGACAACUUAGUUCUCAUAGAAGGAUCCACACAGGCGAGAGACUAUACAAAUGUGUAGAAUGUGGAAAGAGGUUUAUUGAGAACAGAGACCUUACUUGCCAUGAAAGGAUCAAUACAGAGCGGAGUCAAUAUAGGUGCCUGGAGUGUGAAAAAAGCUUUACUGAAAACUUUACCCAUCAUGAAAGGAGCCACCCUGUAGAGACUCCCUACAAGUGCAUGUCAUGUGGAAAAGGAUUUACUCAGAAAGGACAUCUUACUCGUCAUGAACGAAUCCAUACAGGGGAAAGACCAUAUAAAUGCAGAGAAUGUGGAAAGAGCUUUGCUGAAGAAGGACGACUUAAUUCUCAUAAAAGGAUUCACACAGGUGAAAGACCAUACAAAUGCAUGGAGUGUGAAAAGAGCUUCACUCAGAAAGAACAUCUUACUUGUCAUGAAAGGGUCCACACAGGGGAGAAACCUUAUAAGUGCACAGUAUGUGGAAAGGGUUUCAGUAGAAACUCUUAUCUGAACCGUCAUCAGAGGAUCCACACAGGUGAAAAACCAUAUGGUUGCAGAGAAUGUGGGAAAAGAUUCAUUGAGAAUAGAGAGCUAACUUCCCAUCAAAGGAUCCACACAGGAAACAGACCAUAUAAAUGUCUAGAGUGUGGAAAGAGCUUUUUUGGCAACAAAGAUCUUAUUCGUCACCAAAUGAUUCACAUAGGGGAUAAGCCGUUUAAAUGUCUGGAGUGCGGAAAGAGCUUUACUGAGAAAGGAAAACUUAUUUCUCAUAAAAGUAUCCAUUCAGGAGAGAGGCCAUAUAAAUGCCUGGAGUGUGGAAAGAGCUUUACUCAGAAAGGAAAACUGAAUUCUCAUAAAAGGAUCCACACGGGGGAGGGACCAUAUAAAUAUAUGGAGUAUGAAGACAGCUUUAUGGACAACAAAGACCUUAAUUGCCACCAAAGGAUCUACACAGGAGAGAGUCCUUAUAAAUGCAGUGAGGAUGAAAACAACUUUUUAAUGACUGCAGGGCCUUUAUUUGUCAUGAAGACAUCCACAGAGGAGGAAAUUAUAAAUGCAUGGAAUGUGGAAUAAACUUCAUUGAGAAUACAGGUAUUCUUCAACU